AGAAGAUUGCUGACUGCUGAUGCCACCGAAUCGGACAGCAGCUUAAAACAAGCUACAGAUUCUUCAUCUGCAUCCCGAAGUUUUACGUCCAUCAUGUCAUCCACCGCUUCAUCCACCGCUUCAUCUGCAAUAAAAAGAAAUCCAACACUUCCAUUUUCCAAUAAUCCGACAUGUGCUACAACUUCUCCUUCUAGUCCUAGUACUGUUUGUCCUCCUGCCACGACGACCACCAGCACGACUACCACCUCCUACACUGAGCUCGCGUUGAGGGACCGCGCAGGGCGAACAAAGCCAG